AAGCAGCGGAGCGAGUCAACUCGGAGCGAUGGAUUUUCAUGGACCGAGGUCAGAUUUUCCUGGUGAUCAUCAAGCUUGGACGUUAGUUACUGGUAAGAGAUCUACAUUUUCGAAAAGGAAGAAUGUUGCUGGCAAUUCUUCUAAGGCUGGUUGCGAAGUGGAAGCAAAAAUCUUUUCGUUGGAAGUGGGUUAUGGCAUUAAGAAAGCGGUCAAACUCCUUGUCAAAGGACCACUGGAGAAGAAGUCUUUCAUAGUGGAUAUCAACUAUAAACCUUUGCCAUUCUCAACAAGAAUCUCGUCAUCGGAAAAUCAAUCUGAAGUAGUUGAAUCGGCAAUGAGUCGUGUUCGUGUCAUCAUGCCUCAAUUGCACACCAGUCCUGGUGAGUCAUCGACUAUCGACAAAAAUCUGACUCCUGUUUCAGAGUCUGAUAAAGGUGUUAACGUUGUCAACCGUGUAUUGGAGAAUUAGCGCGGUUGUUGGUACUUCUGAAAAAGGCGUGUCACAAGUCAACAGCGCGGAGAAGACUAGGUCAUUUACUGACGUGGUUCGUUCUACUCCACAUUUUAAUGUUCCUCGUAACAUGCGUCCAACGGAAAUUAUUUCUAAUGGGCUCAUUUCUGAUAAAGCAAUUUCGUCUGGGCCGUCAGAUACAAAUCAAAAGCCCUCUAGCCAAUCCAAAUCUCUUGAUUCCAAAUUGAAGCAAACGGGGUUUUUGCCUUCAGGGUUCAUUGAACAGAAAAAUUAUAGUUCAAAGAUUUACUUCGAUGUUAGUUCUUCAUCUCAAUCUUCUCCCAGUUCUAAUUCUAACCAAAGUCGAUCUUGGGAAGAUAAUUUCUCUAGCGAUAAUGCUAUUAUUCAAGAGCGUGGGGUUUUAUCUUCGGUUUCUACUGAAGAAAAGGAGAAGAGAAAUUUAGGAUUGAUCUCGGAAGAGGUAUCAAAUUCAACUGGGUAUUCUGAAUCAAUGGUGGAGGACUCAAAUAUUAACGAUGAUCCUACUCAAUCUCUCGAUGAUAUCAGUGAGUUCACCUCUGGUUUCAAUUUCCCCAGCGGAGAUGACAAAGAAAAGGUCGGCCUUGUCUCAUCGAAAUCUUCGGUGGAUAACCAAAUCCGUACUCAAUGUAAUCCUGAUCCUAAACAUGUUCCUAUCUCUACUCCUUCCGCUGAUUAUUUCGCCCAAGCCUUGGAAGACAAAGAGAAAGAAGCCGUUGUUACUCAAUAUAUGAAAGAUAGGUACCUACCUGCUAUUGAGAUGAUCAAAGCAGUAAAUGAUGUUUCUGGUAUCGGAGGGGAUAUCGAUGAUAUUAUUCGAAUGUUGAUUAGGUCUGCUAUUAAAAAGCCAGAGGUUUUCAACUUCGAGUGCAGGGCGGCAGUACUUGUUGUUUAAUGGGAUGCAAAGAGGAGGGCAAGAAAUAAAAGGUGGUGCCUUAUCCAUAAACCUGACAUUAUUGUGUUUCAAGAAACUUUGCUUACCAAGUGCACUGACUCCAUUAUUGGACAAAUUUGGGGGCCAAGUCUAGUUGAGUGGAUUGCUCUU